UUGGGGGAGGGGGGCGCUCAGCCCCACUGAAAGCAAUUCGAAUUUUCGACGGCAGUCAUGGCUCUUGGGGAAGUGGUCUCUGAAUACCUGGAACGAGGCUUAGUCCUUGUGAUUGCCGACCUCCUCAGCCUAAUAACAGUGUCCUCUUGCCUGGUAAUCAAAGUGCCGCAGAUAAACACGAUACGGGAGAACCAGUCCUCGAAAGGCAUCAGCGUGCUGGGACUAUGCCUGGAGCUGUUUAGCUACACGGUGAUGCUAUCCUACAACUACACCAGUGGCUAUGACUUCCUUUCCUACAUGGAGUAUCCUGUUCUGCUGCUGCAGGAAUACGCACUGAUUUUUUACGCCUUCAAGUACCAGGAUCUGCUGGGCAAAAAGACCCAAGUGAUCGCCGUGUUGUACUCCGUAGUGGUCACCUUGGUCUACCUAAGGCUAUUCCCUUUUAUCAUCCUAACGUUCCUGGUGCCAUUCUGCACGCCAAUUGGAGCCACCAGCAAGGUUCUCCAACUGUUGGCCAUUUUAAGGACCAAGGACGCCAGCUCCGUCAGUAGGACUACUUGGGCGCUAUCAGCCUUCACCAAUAUGACCCGCAUCUACACAGUAUUUUUCCAGUCCCACGACUGGAUGUUACUAUCCAACUUCCUGAUAUCCACUUUCCUGAGCGCUUCCGUGUUUGCUGCCGCCUGCUUCUACAAAAAGAAAAAGACAAAGGCGGAAUAAUAGACUACCGGAAGAUUAGAAGAGCUCAACAUAGACAAGCACUGCGGUUGCUGGAAAUUCUUAUCAGUCAUUGUUUUAAUUUUAUUCUUAUCGUUUUAAAUUGAUAUUACAAAUUCUCUUUGAAUCAA